UUUCUUUUUAAAUCUGUGGUGAGGAUCCUCUCUUGCUUACAAAAUCUGUAACCUUUCCUAGCAGCAUGGUCGCCUGGAAGUGUCCUUGGGUCUCCAUAGUGUUUCAAGACUCAGAACACUUGAUAGCUAACUUGGGGAGAGCCCAGGGUUGAGUAAAACUGUCCAUUCUGAUGAACAGAGCCCUCCCUCCGCCGACGGUCUCCGCCCAGUCCGCCCGGCCGCCAGAGGCUGCAGCGGCGCAUCCCGGGCGCGGCGCCCUGAGCUCGGAUGGCUGGGCGCGCAAGCUGAGGGCCGGAUUCCAGGGGUCCGGAGCUCCGGGCGCCCCACGGGGACACAGAGAGAGGACGCCCGUGAGGACAGAGCGGCUGUGUUGUGGCAAGCCUGUGGGGAGAGCCGGAGCCUGAGAUGGUGGGGACUGUGUCAGAUCGUUCGAAGAUGAUUUGGCUGCCUUGGAGCCUUGGACAUCUGGUGCCACGAUGAGGACUUACACACGGGGGGCUCCCAGUGUGUUUUUCAUAUGUCUGCUCUGCUGCGUGUCCGCCUACCUCACUGACGAGAACCCAGAAGUCAUGAUUCCCUUCAUGAACGCCAACUAUGACAGCCACCCGAUGUUGUACUUCUCCAGGAAAGAUGUGGCGGAGCUCCAGCUGAGGGCUGCCAGCUCCCAUGAGCACAUCGCAGCUCGGAUCAGGGAGGCGGUGCACACCAUGCUGACGAACCCCUUGGAGUACCUCCCUCCUUGGGAUCACAAGGAGUACAGUGCCCGCUGGAACGAGAUCUACGGAAACAACCUGGGUGCCUUGGCAAUGUUCUGUGUGCUGUAUCCCGAGAACCUUGAAGCUCGAGACAUGGCCAAAGACUACAUGGAGAGGAUGGCAGCGCAGCCUAGUUGGUUAGUGAAAGAUGCGCCUUGGGAUGAAGUCCCACUUGCGCACUCCCUGGUGGGUUUCGCCACUGCGUAUGACUUCUUAUACAAUUACCUGAGCAAGACACAGCAGGAGACGUUCCUGGAGGUGAUCGCCAACGCCUCAGGCUAUAUGUAUGAAACUUCCUACAGGAGAGGAUGGGGCUUCCAGUACUUGCACAACCACCAGCCCACCAACUGCAUGGCCUUACUCACUGGAAGUCUCGUUCUGAUGAACCAAGGGUACCUUCAGGAGGCCUACUUGUGGACCAAGCAAGUUCUGAGCAUCAUGGAGAAGUCCCUGGUCUUGCUGCGAGAGGUGACGGACGGCUCCCUCUACGAAGGAGUCGCCUACGGCAGCUAUAGCACCCGGUCCCUGUUCCAGUACAUGUUUCUUGUGCAGAGGCACUUCGACAUCAACCACUUUGGCCACCCAUGGCUUAAACAACACUUCGCCUUCAUGUAUAGGACCAUCUUACCAGGGUUUCAAAGAACUGUAGCCAUUGCAGACUCGAAUUACAACUGGUUUUAUGGUCCAGAAAGUCAAUUAGUGUUCCUGGAUAAAUUUGUCAUGCGUAAUGGGAGUGGAAACUGGCUGGCUGACCAAAUCAGAAAGAACCGUGUGGUGGAGGGCCCAGGCACACCAUCCAAAGGGCAGCGCUGGUGUACUCUACACACAGAAUUUCUCUGGUAUGAUGCCAGCUUGAAACCAGUUCCACCUCCAGAUUUUGGUACCCCAUCACUGCAUUAUUUUGAAGACUGGGGUGUUGUGACUUACGGAAGUGCACUACCUGCAGAAAUCAACCGGUCAUUCCUUUCCUUCAAGUCAGGAAAACUUGGGGGCCGUGCAAUAUAUGACAUUGUCCAUAGAAACAAAUAUAAAGACUGGAUCAAAGGGUGGAGGAAUUUUAAUGCAGGACAUGAACAUCCUGACCAAAAUUCUUUCACUUUCGCUCCCAAUGGUGUGCCUUUCAUUACCGAGGCCCUCUACGGGCCGAAGUACACCUUCUUUAACAAUGUCCUAAUGUUUUCUCCAGCUGUGUCAAAGAGUUGCUUUUCCCCCUGGGAAGGUCAGGUCACAGAAGAUUGCUCAUCGAAAUGGUCAAAAUAUAAGCAUGACCUGGCGGCCAACUGUCAGGGGAGAGUAAUUGCAGCAGAGGCAAAGGAUGGGGUUGUUUUUAUCCGAGGAGAAGGCGUAGGUGCAUAUAACCCCAUGCUCAGCCUGAAGAACAUUCAACGGAAUCUCAUCCUCCUCCACCCACAGCUUCUCCUCCUUGUAGACCAGAUACACCUGGGAGAGGAGAGUCCCCUGGAGACAGCAGCAAGUUUCUUCCACAAUGUGGAUGUCCCUUUCGAGGAGACGGUAGUAGAUGGGGUCCACGGAGCGUUCAUCCGGCAGCGAGAUGGUCUCUAUAAAAUGUACUGGAUGGAUGAUACUGGUUAUAGUGAAAAAGCAACCUUUGCCUCAGUGACGUAUCCUCGGGGCUAUCCCUACAAUGGGACAAAUUAUGUGAAUGUCACCACGCAUCUUCGAAGUCCCAUCACCAGGGCCGCUUACCUCUUCAUAGGGCCAUCUGUGGAUGUGCAGAGCUUCAGUAUUCAUGGAGACCCUCAGCGGCUGGAUGUGUUCGUAGCUACCAGCGAACAUGCCUACGCAACUUACCUGUGGACGGGUGAGAACACGGGACAGUCUGCUUUUGCACAGGUCAUUGCAGAUCAUCAGAAAAUCCUGUUUGACCAGAGUUCAGCCAUCAAAAGCAUCACUGUCCCCGAAGUGAAAGAUUAUGCUGCUAUCGUGGAACAGAAUCUGCAGCAUUUUAAGCCCGUGUUCCAGCGGCUCGAGAAGCAGAUCCUAUCUCGAGUCCAGAACACGGCUAGCUUUAGGAAGACGGCGGAGCGCCUGCUGAGGUUUUCCGAUAAGAGGCAGACAGAGGAGGCCAUUGACAGGAUCUUUGCUAUAUCCCAGCAACAGCGGCAGCAGCGAGGCAAGUCAAAAAAAAGCCGAAGGGCAGGCAGGCGUUACAAGUUCGUGGACACCGUCCCUGAUAUUUUUGCACAGAUUGAAGUCAAUGAGAAGAAGAUUCGACAGAAAGCUCAGAUUCUAGCACAGAGAGAACAGCCCAUAGAUGAAGAUGAGGAAAUGAAAGACCUUUUGGAUUUUGCUGAUGUCACAUACGAGAAACAUAAAAAUGAGGGUUCCCUGAAAGGUGGCUUUGGACAGGUGCGGAUGGUGACAAGUCACAACAAAGGACCUUCACUGUCGGCCUCGUACACCAGACUCUUCUUGAUUCUGAACAUUGCCAUCUUCUUUGUCAUGUUGGCGAUGCAACUGACUUACUUCCAGAGGGCUCAGAGCCUCCAUGGCCAGAGGUGUCUUUAUGCAGUCCUCCUAAUAGAUAGCUGUGUCUUAUUGUGGCUGUAUUCCUCCUGUUCUCAAUCUCAGUGCUAAUGCCAAGGCCAUGAGCAUCUCAUGAUGACUAGAGUUCAUGAAAUAUAUAUAUAUAUUUCCCUAAUUUGUUAUAAUUUCUCCCCCAGAUUUAGGCCAAUUUAAGGGAAGAUGUUUGCACACACAAAAAGCAGGGGUGUGGAAAACUCAGAACUAGACACACAAAGUUUGGGUUUUUUGUUUUUGUUUUUUUUUUUUUUUUGGGUUUUUUUUUUUGAUGCCAUCUUUCUGUUAAUAUAAAGAAAAAAUGAAUUGGACUUUAUUAUCAUUAAUUUAAUUCUGUUAGAAGCUUUCCAGAUUCUGUAUUCUGGAACAUAUGGAGAUAUAAAAUUCCAAGCAAUACAGGCUGUUAAAAUAUAAAUAAUGGGAACUGUUAUUAUGAGACCUGGAAACUUCAAAUAACAUGAUAAAAUGAUAGCAGAAGAUCAUAAAGGAACUGAAAUUUUGUUUUAAAUGGAAAGCACGUAUGAAUGAACAUUGCUUUGAUGGUGUUGGCCAAGGCAGGAAUGUGAUUUGUGGUUUUUUGAUAAAUAAUACGAUAGCAGGUAAUUUCAUAUUCUCUUUAUGUAAAAUGUUUAUAGACCCAGUGGCUAAAGUUUUCAAAAUAAACUAUUUUAUACCUUGAAAUGCAAUACCAAAGAACAUAGGACUAAAUUUUGAUGUGAUUCUGAUGUUUUUAACUAGAAAGUUUCUUCAAGUUUAUUUUGCUAAAUAAACCAAUCAUAAUUAUGA